ACACCACAGAUACAGAUACAGACACACACACACACACCGACAAACCGAGAUGCCCCCUCCCUUAAUACAUUUCGUCCUCCCCGCUGCGCUGCCUGCCCAUUGCGAGCCCUCAUCGCCGCUGUUGACCGCCAUUUCGUCCUACCUGCAUAUAUGUCUGCCCUCGCCGCUAGGUCUGCUCUCGUCGCUACUGGGCACGCUGAGCAUCGUGUCAUGGCUGUUCGCCCAGUUACCCCAGAUCUACAAGAAUUAUGCUCUGCAGUCUACCUCGGGCCUGUCGCUGUUUUUUCUCGUCGAGUGGUGCCUCGGUGAUACAACCAACCUGGUCGGUGCCUUGCUUACCCGUCAGGCGGGCUGGCAGGUUGUGAUCGCUGGGUACUAUGUCUUCGUCGACGUGAUCCUCGUCCUGCAGUUCUUCUGGUACACCCACUACAAGCCCUCACGUGAGGCAGGAUACCCCGGUCAUCUUGCCCACCACCCUUCCUCGGGACCGAACACAAGCAAUGUUCUCGACGGGCUGGCUUUGUCCGACGAUGGCUCUGACGAUUUUACUUCCCGACUGCCUCCCGCCGACCGCUCCGAGCCCAAGGCCGUGAGCGACGGGGCCAAGGACGCCAGAGAAGUGGCCCCCGCGUCUUCUCCGUACAACCAGUCUCGGUCGUAUUCCAACGAGAAAGUUGGCUCCCCUGGCCGCCGGACAAUCACUCGUUCGGGAUCCCGUGGUGCAUCGCUUCUCCCCGGCGCGUCGUCUCCACGAACCCUCCUCCUGGCAUCGAUGCUGUGUGCGAUGCUCGCCCAGGCCGCCCAGGCCGCCCCAAUUGAGCCAACCUCCGUUGUCACAGCAGCAGCAGCACCCAUGUCUACCAGCGAGCUUGUCGGACGCAUUGUUUCAUGGUUUUCGACCAUCCUAUACCUCGGCUCGCGGCCCCCUCAGCUCUAUAAGAACUACUGCCGCAAGAGCACCUCGGGCCUGUCGCCUCUACUCUUCAUGGCCGCUUUCUGCGGGAACUUCUUCUACUCCGCCUCCCUGCUCACAAACCCUAACGCCUGGUCCGACUUCCCGCCCUACGGCGGUGGCGGCUGGGCCGACUCCCACGGCAACGACCACCUCGACUGGCUGAUGCGCACCACCCCCUUUUUCCUCGGCGCUGCUGGCGUGCUCGGCCUCGACGGCUUCAUGGGCGUGCAGUUCCUCAUGUAUGGCUCCAACGACGAAGACGACGACAGCUCAUCCGACUGCGUCUUUGACGAGGCUGUCGACGACAAUGACGCCCUUGCUAAACAGCCUCGCGGCCGUCGCUGGAAGCACGUCCGCGGCUGGAUGAGAGGCUGGAUCCCUUCCGACUCGCCUGAGCGACGUCCUACCCAGGAAACUCAAUCACUCUUGGUUGAUGCUCGCGAGAACUAUGGCACAGUUUAAAUCAGAUGAAUCAUUGUCUGCUUUUUUUUUUGCAUCAGGAACACACUGUUCCUUACGACUCAUGAUACCUUGCAUUUUCUUCUAACUUAGAUUCUUUUUUUUCCCCUGUUGCUCUUCAUUUUCAUUAAGCUUAUUUGAUAUCAACCGACGCAUAGACAGACAUGCGCAUUUCAACUUGCAUGGUUCCCAUCGGGGAUAUACUAUACAUCCACGGUGUUCUGGGUUCAAUUCUAGUUUCAUCUCUUUUCUUUCUUUCUUUCUUUCUUUUUUUUGCGAAAUCUGAUCCAGACUUGUCAUGAUUAGCAAGCACACCCCAGCGUAACGCAGAUCAUAUAAGAUAUAUGUAUUUCGCCGUUGCUACACUAUAGUCAGUAGUGUUUCAAUGAUCACAUAAAGAUAUAUUGAC